AUGCCGAACAUGCGGCCCCUGCAGCCAACCCUGGGGCCGAGCAGGGCGCACAUCGGCGAUCUCAGCGAGCAGGUCGUCGAGAGGGCCGAGGAGCUGUUCAGCGACUGCCUCGCGCGGCAGCUGAAGCAGGUGUUCGGGCGGCCCCCGGACCCGGCUCUGCUGGCGAAGCUGCGGGAGCGCGCCUCCGCGGCGAUGACGGUGAACGUCGGCAUGGAUUUUGCGCUGCACGCGAAGCUGAUGCCCACGUUCUGGCAGCCGUUCUUCCUCAUUUCGGAGCUGAACGAGGCCAGGACCGCAACCUACGGGUUCGUCGCUAGGCGCCCCGAGGACGUCGUCGGCGACCGUCCUGAGUCGAAGCGCACGCCAUACUGCGUGCGGCUGCUGUCCCCGAAUCUCUUGCAAACUUCGGCGGCGUCUCCCGAUUGGGAGGUGGAGUACAGCUUGAGAAGCGUCGCCAGCUCUAGCAUCAAGCAGGUCGUUGAAGGCGACCUCUCGCUAGUCCGGGAAGCGAUCCGGACAGCGGGGUGGGAUGCUUUGCUGUGA